AGCGCAGAUCCAGGAGUUCCUCCUUCACGUGCGUUAGGAACAGCUUUAAACAUCUGGAUCACAUAGUUAUUUCAUAUAUUUUAUCAGUUGUAAACAAACAAACAAUACUUUAAGCUGUUUACUCACAGUCAUGGAUGAACACGGCCCACUCUCUCUGGCUGACAUGUGUUUAGUGUGUGUGUGUCAGAACCUUGACCCCCUGUGCAGUGUGUGUGAUGACGGAUCGCUGCGUCUCCGCUCCUGUCCGAUUUUCCCCCCGGAACUGUCCGAUCUGUUACUGAGCACCAUGAGUGACCAGGGUUUACUGAACGACCGGACUCUUGGCAUUUUUAACAAUACCGAGUGUUUGCGCCUGAAGCGUGCCUCCAUUCGUGCCUCUCGUCUCACUGCAGAUUCCUUCAGUCGCUCCCUGUGUUCUCACCGCCUGCAGGAACUCGAUGCCUCUGGUGUUCUUGGUGACCUCACCAUCUCCGACAUCCUCCAGGGCCUCUCGUCAAAUCAGGUUUGCUGUCGGAGCCUGCAGAGACUAAACGUGAGUGGUCUGGAUCGUCUCAGUGAUUUCCCAGUAAGAUUCAGUACUUUGCGAGGUCUCAGAAGUCUCUCUGUAGCAUCGACGCCUCUGGACGACUCGGCGCUGGAGGACGUCUGCUCGCUCCCGCUGCUGGAGAGCCUGGACAUUUCUGGGACAAACGUUACGGACCUCACGCCGCUGCUGAGGCUCCGCUCGAGGUUGCGUUCGCUUACUGUUCAUGCGGUGCACCACCUCAACAUGGCAGUCUACGACUUUCUCUCCGUACUCUCUGGACUGGAGCUCCUCACGCAGCUUGAUGUCUCCAAUGACCAGUUGGAGACGCAAGGAGAGAUGAUCAGAAAGCUCCUAGUGAGCACGCAGCUCCUCCCAGCACUCACUGCUCUGGAUGUGUCAGGAUGGACAGGGAUUAGUGAUGAAGCCUUGAAGGGAUUCCUGGAGGCACGGCCAGGUGUGAGGUUCAUCGGUCUUCUGGCCACUGGCGCUGGAAGAUCUGACCUUCUGUGUGGAGAAGGAAAUCUCAAGGUGGCCGGAGAGUGGAACCUCACUCAGCUAUGUGAGGCCCUGAGGAGGUACAGGGAGAGGGAGAGCUUCCUGCAUGAGGCACUGCUCGGUCUCCACAAAUACUUCCACAACCCAGACAUCAGAAACCAUCCAGACAUGUUAGAGCUGGUGUAUUUGGGAAUGAAAGCCCACAGCGAGUGUGGGAGAGUGCAGGUGUCUGGCACGGCAUGUGUGUUUAACCUCACAAUUCUGGAGCUGGCAGAAGUGAUGUCGCAAAGACUGCUGGGAAAUGUGAUGAGACACAUAGUCAACACCAUGAGAAAGUUUCCUGAUCACAGAGAGAUCCAGAGGAACUGCUUGCUGAUUCUGUGCAGCAGUCACAUCCUGACAGUCGCCCCCUUCGACAGGUGUGAAGCGGCUAAACAGGCGAUGAUGUGUUUGAUUACUAAUGAAGAUGAAACUCUACAGGCGCUCUGUGCGUCCGUCAUCGUCUUCCUGAUCUCUCAGCUGAGUAAGGAGGAAAUCGAGCAGUUAGGAGCUGAAGUGUUCAUCAUUAAGCGCUUGCUCCAUCUGGUCCAGCAGAAGGGAUCACUGGGAGUAGAAGACGCUACCUUUAGGAGGACACUGACCGCUCUGUGGGGCCUCACCGACAACACACACUCCACCUGCACACACUUCCUGCAGUGUGGUGGUCUAGAGUUAUACAAAGAGCUGCUGGAGGUGCACACACACACACACACAAUCAUGAUCAGUUCUAUGUUCAAGGUGUUCUUUCACUCUCCUGUUUGUUGCUGCAUGUGUGUGUGUGUGUGUGUGUGUGUGUGUGUGUGUGUGCAGACAUACUGCUUCAAUCCCAUGGUGCUAAAGCCACUUAUAGGCCUCUUGAAUAACGUGUCGGAGAUGGAGGAUCUUCGCUCUCAGAUGAUGGAUGAGGAUCUUCUGGAGCUCGUCCUCGCUCUUUUGGAAGUCAGAGAGGUGGAGGUGAGUUAUUCCGCGGGCGGUUUUCUUUCCAACAUGACAUCCAGCAGCACGUGGAGCCUGGACUCAACACUGCGCGACAGAAUACUCACCAACCUGCACUCUGCUGUGAUGUCGUGGACUCCUCCAAACAGCUGCAUAAUGUCAUACAGGUCCCUGUGUCCGUUAUAUCCCCUGCUGCGAGUCUCUCAGCCGUCUGCAGUGCAGCUCUGGGCUCUCUGGGGCAUCAAGCACAUCUGCACACACAAUGUGUCCCGCUACAGGAGGAUGAUGGAGGACGAGGGUGGGCUGAACAUACUCCGCACGCUGACCUCUGACCCCGGGACGCACAGCGACGUGCACACUCUGGCCGUGCACACACUCCACCUGGUGGAGGAGUGAAGUUCGACACAACCCUCCCUUUAAACUGGCACUCACACUCAGUCAAAGUCAUUAUUCCACAGCAUUUAAACAGUACUAAGGGCCACGGUGUGCCCUACAGGGGGCGCUCGGCUACACCCCGACCGUGACGGGAAGGAGGUUCAUCAACUCCAGUGAUUUAAUGUCAUUCUGUAAUUCAUUCUAUUAAACGAAAGGAAUCACAUUCUGUGUGCAGUAUGAUGUAACUGUACAUGUGUUACGUCUGUUUGGCUGUAAGAGAGAGUUUCAGAUUCAUAGCGAAGAGACGGAGAUCUAAUGUCAAAUUAGUCAAUAAUAGCCGUCCCACGAGCCCCUCCCCCCUGUUACUCCCGCUGUUAGGAGUUAACAGAUAAUGCACCAAACUUCAAAAGUUUUAAUUUUGAUGAUUUUGGCUUACAGCUAAUGAAAACCCAAAAAUCAGUAUCUCAGAAAAUUAGAAUAUUACUAUAUAAAGUUUUUUACCCCAGACAUGUUGGACUACUGAACAGUAUGAACAUGGACAGCGCUCAGUGCUUGGGCUCCCUGGUCAUGAAUCACUGCAGCAGUGGGCCGUGGCAUGGAGACGAUCAGUCUGUGAGGUCUUACAGUAUGGAAACCCAGGUUGAUCUGAUAACGGCCUUCAGCUCCUCUGCGUUGUUGGGUCUGGUGUCUCACAUCUUCAUCUUCACAACGCUCCAGAGAUCCUCCAUGGGGUUUAGAUCGGGGGGAGUUUGCUGGCCAGUCAGGCACAGGGAUACCACGGUCCUUCUGGCUGGAAAAAUGUUCGAAAUGGUAUUGUUUGAAUAAACAAUAAAAUGCGCUUGGAGAAAAAAAAUUAUAUAAUAAAAAUGUAAACAUAGUCUGAUCGGUCCACCUGACCUGUUAUAAAAUCAUAUCUAGUAAUAACCAGCCCAUUCAAAUCCUUAUACUUCUCAAACAUGACAUCAUAUAAAAGUUUUGCCUCUUUGAAUCCUUGACACAAUCUGAGAAAGUAGGUGUAUGCAGACUACACCACAAGUCUAAUCUCCUCCACACACACUACCGUUCAAAAGUUUGGGGUCACUUGCAAAUUUCUUU